UUGAAUAUUUGAGACGCAAUUAAAAUGCGCCUGUUGGCAGUCAAGUGCUUUUUUCAUCAACGCGUCGUUUUCUUUCGUCUCGAGUUUAAGCGACGUUGUGGUUUUGUGGAUCAAAACAACGCUACGAAAAAUGCCGAGUAAAACAAGGCUUGGUAGAGAACCAUAAAGAAGAGACUGGAGAAAAUGCUGGAUGAAAUGGCAUGUGGCAUUCCUGUGUUAUUUGAGGCAAGCUCGUAGACAUGGAGAAACGGGAUAUUGAGAAGUUUAAGGCUGCUCUCAAAGGCAUCGAGCUAAAUGAAGAGGGAGAGAAUGGGGUGGCUGAUAACAAUAACCAGGAGAAGAAAGACAAUUUAAUAGCUGGACCUCGAGGGCUGGAGGAAAUGGAGAUUAUAACGGAUAUUGAACAAUGUGAACCAGUUGAGUGCAGUAAUCCAGAAAACGUAAAAAGUUACGAUGCCAUUGAGGAUAUAUUUUCAUCCGAAGGAGAAGAAGAUUUACAAGAGAUGAUACGAGAAAAUGAAACUAUCAAGAACGCGCUGAUAAGGCUCAAGAAAGAGCAAGAUUUCUGGUUAACGACAGACUCUGCCAGCGAGACGUCAGACGAUGCCGACACGAUCAUCAGCUCCAGGAGUUUUAUAGAAAGCACCGCAGAGCGAAUCCAAAUAAACAAACUUCUAGCUGAGAAGGAAUACUUAGAGCUCAAACUAAGUCAAGUCACUCAUGAUAAGGAUGACACAGAAGUGAGGCUUAGGAAUCUAGAGAAGAAAUCAUACAAGAGCAAUUGGAAAAGUAAUGAAACAAGUCCACAAAACAUGUAUAAAGGCAGUGAAGCCAGAGAUGCAAAGUCACCAAAGCACAAGCCUAAGAGACGUGAAGAGAGCGUUUAUAAGGAAGCUUUGGCGGCAAUGUAUAAAGCACAUCGCAGAAGUAGCUCACCAAGGUUUGCUAAGGGUUAUGAGAGUGAUAUUGCAACACUUGCCGAGGAGAAUGCAAAGUUAGGGGAGAUUAUAGAUCAUUUGGGUCUAGAUCCGGAUAACCCGAAGGACGACUCCAUUGAUGCACUUCUUGCAUCCUUUGAAAAUCGAGUCCCUAAGGAUGAGUUUCUUAGGCUUGAGAACGAAAAGAUUCGCCUUGAGCACGUGCUCAGAGACAGAGAAAGACAGUUAAAGGAGAAAGAUAGGAUUAUUGAAGAAAAUAAGGCUGAUUAUGAAGAGGAUCUGAAGUCUCUGAAAGAGCUGCUACGAAAAGCAGAAGAAAAGUCAAAGAGUAAAAUGAAAGCAAUUAAUGAUUACGAGAUUCAGAUCUUGGACUUUAAGAGUUCUUUCUCCGAACAGAUAAGCACUCUUGAAGCAGCACUGCAACACGAGCAAGAGCAAAAGACAAGACUCGAAGAAUUGAACAUAAGCCUUAGGGGGGAUAACGAGGCGAUUCUAAGGGAAGUGGACGAGAUGAAGCGCGCACUGCUCCUGGCCCAGGAGCGUGAGAAGGAACUAGAGGCAAUAUGCAGUCAAGAGGUCUGUCGACUCGAAGAGAAACUGGCGACAGAGACUAACGAGAAGAUGAUGUUGAGCGCUAACUUCGAAGAACUGGUCAAGGAUCUCAUGAUGCUGAAGAACAAAUUGCUGGAAGAGAGUGAGAGAAACGGUAAGCUGAGAAAAGCUUUCGAGAACGAGAUUUUGAGCCUUGGAGGGGUUCCCCAUACAAGGAGGAUGAGAAGCAAUGUCACGACACCGACACGAGAUGAUCUGGGAAACUGGGACCGAGUUACGUCACCAGCACGUGAGAGUAUCGAAGCUGUGGGGAACUGGGACAGAGUUGUGUCCCCAUCACGGGACGGGAGCAAAGAUGCAGGAGAAAUGGAGAGAGGUACACCGUCACGUGAUAAAACUGGUGAAUCGGUGGGGUUUGAUGCCCAUCCAUCAUUACGGGACAACAAAGACGAAGACCCGAAGGUCGAAGAAGAGUACGAGGAGUUAAAGAUAAAGUACAGCAAACUGGUAAAGGAGCUUGAGAAUGCGAGGGGCGAAAAUGGCGUGGCGUCACCGCAUGUGAAGCAGAGUUUGUACGAGAGCGAGUCUAUGAAGGGUAAGAUUAAAGACCUUGAAGAUGAGGUGAGAUACCUCAAGGAAAGGCUUGAAGACAUGGCCAAGGAGAAGACGAGGAGACGAGAGCUCGAGAAACAGAUUGAAGAGCUUCAGGACGAAUUAGAUGACGUUUCUACGCGAAGAAACGAAUUACAGAAAAAGCAGGAAAAGAUUAUAAAAGAAAAUGACGAAUUGAACGAUAGGAUCAACGAGUUGGAGAAGGAAAACGACUAUCUUGCAAAAGAAAUCAAAGAUUUCGCUAAUAAAAUAAAAGAAAUGGAGACAUCUUAUGAAGAAAAAGAACGGGAGAGACAAACGGAGAAAGCAAUGGGGCAACUAGUUGAAGAGAUAGAUAUUCAAAAAACGAAAAACUCGGAAAUGACAGAAACUGCAAGUGGGUUGAAGGAUGGCGUCUUUAGUGCGCACGAUGCUGAUAAAAUCUUGAAAGGUGUUCACAUUGGAGAAAGCGACGGCAAAAACGCAAAGCAAAGUCCACAUGUCAGAAAUAUAAGCAAUAACGAACUACCGACCUUUAGAGGCGAUUCAGAAGAAUCGCGUAUUACAAUAAUGCAGGACUCAUUCCUGCAGACCGAGCCAGGUGUUGAAGAGUCUUUGGACAGCCAUGACAGUGACCCCACGCUAAGAGAAGCUUUAACGAUUGAUGAUACCGAUGGCAAGGCGAUACAAUUGGGAGCUCGAGAUGGCUAUAUCUCACCAAGAAGCUCAUAUAGUACUGAAGAAAACAUCCCAAUUAAGCCAGGAGAGAAUGACGGAGUAGGAAAUGAUACUAGGAAGGAAAGCAUGAUACCAAAUCUUACAAUUGAGGUACAACUUCAAGAACAAGUGACUUCCAACGUAUUCGCAGUACAACAAGGGGCAGCCGUAGAUGAUCAGGAGUUUAAGAAGAUGGCUGAGGAAUACAGGAACUUGGGAUUGCAAGUAGGCGAAAAGCAAAACAAGAUAAAUGAGCUCACAGAAAGAAUCCAAGACCUGGAGGGAGAGCUGUGUCAUGCAAAAGAAGAAGGAAGAAGCCUAUCGGAGGAACUUGAGAAAGCUGUUGAGGGAGCCAUGGAUAUUGAACAUGAUUUGAACGAUAAACUGGAACAGACGUCAAAACGGUAUGAAGCAUUGUUGGAUGAACUGACAGCGAAGCUCGAAACAGAGAAAAUGGAACUGCAGGAAAGACUUACGAAAAACAACGAAGAAAUGCAAGAACGAAUGAAAACGGAGUUUGCGGAACAUCUUGCCUCUAAGGUUGCCAGUUUGGAGCUCAAGCUUCAAGACACUGUUGCUGAGGAAGUCCAGGCUUACAGAGAGGAAAUAAAAGACUUUGAAAAUCAAUUGGAAAUAGAAAAGCAAAGAGCUGAACAAGAGCUGGGAGUGCUCAAGGAAGAACUUACAAAGGCAGAGAAAGAGCGCACUGAGACAGCAACAAGAGCAGAGAGGGAAAAGAAACUUUUAACUACAACAAUUCAAGCUUUGACCAAGGAACUAGACAAGGUUAAGCAACAGAAGAAAGAGAUGAAAAAAAGCUUCAAGAGAAGCAAAGGGGACCUGCAGAAUUCCUUCGAAAAUGAACGCAAGCAAUUUGAGGAUUCCUUGGAGAAGAGCAAAGAGGUGGGUAAAAUGCUAGCGGAGGAGGUUAUGAGGGAGAAAUUAAAAAAUGAGACAAUUAAAUAUGAGGAAAGAAUAAACGAAAUGAGUUCACAGAUGGAAGCAUACGAAAUGAAAAUAGAACAGCUGCAAAACAAGUUCAAAGCGGAGAAGGGCGAGCUUGAAGAUUUGCUACAUGAGUCGAGAGUCGAAAUGGAGACGCUAAUUGAAAAGCAAGACGAAUUCAGAGAUUCUCUUGAUCAGGAAUAUCAAAGGAAACUACACAUAGAAAAACAAAACAUUGAAAGUACUUUGGAGAGCCUGAGGCAGGAGAUAUCCCGUCUAAGAGACCACAGAAAGCAACUGCAGACACAGCUACAGAACAACACAAGAUCUGAUUCAAUUCAAGGCCUAGACAGCCUUACCAACAAGGAGGUGAUCACACGCCUCGAGUACGAGUACCAGAACCAACUCCAGAGAGACAAGAAAUACUACGAAGAUAAGAUCGCAAGCCUCGAGGCCGAGAACGAGACGCUGAUGGAAGACAUUUUUGCGCUUAAAACACGCUACAGACAGGAGAAGGCCAUGAUGAAGGCAGAGUUCGAGACUGAGAGAAAUGCGCUAGAGGAGAGACUGGACCAAGAGAGGGAAGAGCUACAGGAAAUGAUGGGGCUUAGAAUGCAAAGUUUUAGGGACUCGAGGAGCACGGUGGAAGUUAACAGAAGCAGCAUGACGGCACAAAGAAAUCGCGUCCUUCAGAACGAGGUGCAAAUGCUUCAACAGAAAGUCACCAGGCUGGAGCAACUCUCACCAGAGCUCAUAAACAAGGCGCGACAAAAUCAACCAAUCAGCAUGCAACAUCUAAACAAUCAACCAAUCAGCGUAAAGAAUUUGCCAGACCAACCAAUAGGCACGCACAACCAAUCAUUCGUAGUGCAUCAUCUUAGUGUGAGCCGCUCAAAUACUUCACAGCAACGCCAAAUGUCUAGUAGUGAAACAACAAGCGGUUCCAUUAAAGAGAAGGACAACGUAUUUGGAACAGAAGAGGAUGCAAUAAAUAUGAGCUUUCCGGAAAAAGACACUCUUGUUGGAGCUUAUUCUGUAGAAUCCAUCUCUGAAAGAAGGCUGUUAGACCAAGAGGAUCGAGUGUCAUCAGGAGAACCGUCAUCAGAAGAAGAACAUAAUUCCAAUAAUGAAACAAAGGUUGUCCCUGAGGAAACCUUAGAGUCAGACUUAGAGUCAAGCUUUGAAACAUACAACAAGAUCCACAAGCCAUGUCCGAUAGUUAACAUGUCGAGCGGUGAGGCGGCCUCGGAUGUGAUCGUGGACUCGUCGGAUGACGACUCGGAUCAACUAGAAGACAGGGAAAGUCACCGGCAAGAAAUACAAGACAUUGUCAGAGGGUUUCUCCUGGAGAAAGACUUGCUAUCACAGGGCCACGAGGAAGAGCUGACUCGCAUUAAAGAAGACUUCCAGAGAGAAAAAAUACAUUUGCUUCGUCAACUAGAAAUGGAGCGAGGGAGCGCGGGAAAUUCGAGGAUUGCCUCCACGGGAAGCGAAACUGGCUAUGGGUCACGUGGCUCCAUGGCGUAUCUCCAUUCAGGGUUAGAAAACUCUGCUGGCGUUAAUGCAGUAACGUCAAGCCGCCAGACGAACUCCAUUGACAUUGAUAAUCAUCUUGUCCGGGAAAUCGCAGAGGUGUACAUGAGAAUGAGCAAUUGUCCGCUUGAAAGCGCCGUACGGCCUGACUUAGACUUAGAGGACAAAUACGAGAAAGAGCGCGAAGUCUUAGAGAGAAAGUUUCUAUCCGAGAAACGCGAAAUGAAACGAAAGUUGGAGGAAAAUUAUACUCACAAACUGGAACAAGAAAGAAGUGGAUAUGAAAGCAGUCUACAGGAGUUGAAAAGCACGAUUUCUGAGUUACAAUGGCAGAAACGGGAAUUGGAAAGUAAAAUAAGAACAGAAAAAGAAAAAUGUGAAAUCAGCUUUGAAAGAGAGAAAAAUGAACUGGAAAAACGGCAGAUGAAUUCGUUUCACGAAUAUAAGAAACAAUUAGACGAGAAGUAUAGUGCUCAACUGGAAAGACAGAAGGUCAAGUACGAGGAGAAUAUUACCGACCUACAGGGAGAUAUAAUGAAUCUGACAUUACAGUUAAGAGAACUCAAUGAAAGCUUGAGCCAAGAAAAAGAUAUCAUAAUCGAAAGAUUUGAGAAAGAGAUUCGAGAAAUGGAGCAUACCUUUGCCGAGCAAAGAAAUUCAAUGAAAUUCAGUUUGGAAUCAGAGUUUAGUUUAAAACUUCAAAAUGAAACUUCAGUGUUGAAGACCAUUAAUAAAAAGCUUCAAGAUGACUUGGAGACUUUGGAAAAGGAUAAAAAGGAAGUGGAGAGGAAAUGCAAAGAGGAGAAGCGCAGGCUUGAGGAACACUACGAGGAUGAAAUAGCACAGAUGGAGCGGAAACAUUCUGAAGAAAGAAGAAACCUGAAGGCUAAACUAGAAGCGAAAUACCAUAACUUGCUGGAACACGACAAAGACGCCAUGGAGUCAACCAUGUCGGAGCUAAGAGAGGAAGUGAUCCUACUACGUAAAGAGAACUCUCAAAUUGAGUCGACUUUAGUGGAAAAGAACGCUGAGUUGAGGCAACACUUUGAAAUAGAGAAAGAAGAGUUAAACAGGAAGCUUAUCCACGAGAAAGAGGAACUGAGGUACAGCCUGGAAGCGGAGUUUUCUCAGAAGUUCGUCAACGAAAGUGCUACUCAGAGUGGGGUUAUUCAACAGUUGGAUGGGGAUUUAAGGAUGAUGAAAACAAGGUGCGGGGAGCUGGAGAGUGCAAUGUUAGAGCUACGCAAAGAAAACGAAAAAAUUGGGCGGGAGAGAGAGAUCCUUCAACAACAGGCAAAUCAAUACGCGCAGGAUCAACUGGCACAGAGAGCUUGUAGUGAGAGCAAGCUUGAAGUUGAUCAACUCAAGGAGCUGAUAAGACAGAAGGAGAACGAGAUCAGUUUGAUCAAGUUGCAGAAGGAACAGACGGAAAUUAGUAUGUCAGCCUUGAGACGGGAAAAGAUUGACUUGGAAGACGAGCUGGCAAGGGUAAAAAGAAGUGCUGUGGACGCCUCGUCAAGAGAUCUACCAGAGGGAGGGCCAAGGACUAACGUGGCCACUCACAUGCAAGAAAACAUCAGAAGGACGGACGAGGAGUUACAGGGCGUCAAGAGGGAACGGGUAGAGCUUGAGGGGCGUCUAUCGUCACUACAGCGAAAGAAUGAGGAACUUGAGGACGAGCUGGCGACGCUGCGAAGAAAGAAGCUCGAAGUCGAAGAUGAGAUAUCCGCCAUUAAGAGAGACAAAGCAGACUCGGAUGACCAAGUGAGUUAUUUGAAGAAGGAGAAGGCAGAGGUGGAGCAUGGCUUAGUCGCCGCCAAGCGGAAGCUGUCAGAGCUUGAGGAUGCGAUUUCCGCGAACAAGAGAGAAAAGAUGGAAAAAGACCAUGAAAUAUCAUUACUGAAGCGGACAACUGACACUCUACAAGAUGAGAUCGCUCAAGCGCGGCGGCACACAACGGCGUCUGGUCCGCACAUGGAUGGACAAGGUCAAACGGGCACACGCAAUUCUCACGAGCACGUACCUGAAUCACGUAACUACACGGACCAGCAGGACGGAGGACGGGCUAGGGCACCUGGAUCACGUGAUACGAGUCAUCGUAACGGACACCUUCACUCUACACGCAACAGCGUGGAUCAGUUCGACGGUCAAGUACCUACAAGGAGUAACCCUAUUCACGUUAACGAACGCGUUUACGAAUCACGCAACGCGAUCACGCAACAAGAAGCACCAGGAUUAGAGAUUGAUUUCGUGGAUGAAAGUGUUCGUCGACUUGAGCAGCAAAAACAGACACUUGACUAUGAAGUGCGGGAACUUAAACAAAAGAAACAAAAUUUAGAACUUGAACUGAAAAAUGCCGAAAAAAAAGGUUCAAGGCAGUUGGAAAAUAUGUUGAAAGACCACGAGGAAGAAGUCAGGAGAAUGAAGGAGGAGAGGAAAGACCUCUGUGAAGAGAUAAAGGCCCUCAGAGAAGAGGUUAAUGAAUUCAAGGCUCGUGUAUCACAUCUUAAAUCAGAGGAACGAAGCCUCGAUAGACGCACGAAAGAGUUAACAAAUAAUGUAAACGAACUUGAGUUCACUUUGAGAGAGCUUGAAUUAGAAAAACAGAGAGAAGAAAAAGUGAUUCAGAAUCUUCAUCGACAGCAAAAUGAUGCUCAAGCAAACCUGUCUCAAAGCGAUGUCCGCAACAACGAAAGACACACUAACAGAAUCUCCCAUGUCAAUAUAGAAACUGUGAGAAACCGGAACGACCAAGACCACGAACUGGCGAGUUUAAGAAAUGAGCGGGACGAUUUGAAGCGGAAAGUAAGAACUUUAAAAAAGCAAAUGGAAAAAGGUUUUGAACACACGGAAUUGAACAAUGCAUGUUAUACGAGUGAUAUGCAACAGGUUGAAAACAGAGAAGUUGUCGUUUUGAAGAAAGAAAGGCUGCAAAUGGAAAGAACGGUGGCUACGUUGAGGCGUCAGAAGACGGAGUUUGAAGCGGAAAUCUCGGUCAUACGGGAAGUGAAGAUAAGGGAGGAAAACAGCGUGAAUGUCUUACGUAAGGAAAGGGUAGACUUAGAGGUUCAAGUCACUAACCUUCGAAGCCAAAAGAUAAGACUUGAAGCUGAGAUAUCUGUGAUGAAAGAGGAGCGAAGAAGAGACGACAAUGAAGUGGAUCACCUCAGAAAAGAGAAAAGCGAUUUGGAAAAGGCAAUGCACAGUUUGCGAAGCGAGAAGACUAAAGUUGAGACAGAUAUCACGAUGGCGGAAGAUACUUGGAGAAAAAGAAAUGAUACUUCAGAACUGAGGUUUGAGGCAGAUGACCUUGAAAAGGAGCUGAGGGAUUUGAGAAGUGAACGGGUGGAGAUUCAGGCGGAUGUGACACGGUUGAAUUCAAUGCGAAACAGAGAAGACCACGAAUUAGUCUUACUGAGGAAGCAUAAGACCGAGUUAGAGAAAGAGAUUGAAGACCUUCAAAAGGCGAUUAGGAAUGCACCUAAAGAGGAAGUGUGCGAGCGAUGUCAGGGCACCGCUGAUGGAAGUCAUUCAGACAAGUUCAUGAAUGAUUCUUUUGAGAUGAGUAGACCUUACAGCCCUCAUUCGGAUUCCCAAUGGAUAGUGACCUCUUCUAACCACAGGGUUGGCAAUCACGUGACCCAGAGGACUGGUAGCCCAUCUCACAUGACACAAAGGGCAGAUAGCCCAUCUCACGUGACCCAAAGCGCUGGUAGUCCAUCUCACGGGACCCAAACGGUUGGUAACCCAUCUCAUGUGACCCAAAGCGCUGGUAGUCCAUCUCACGUGACCCAAAGGGGUGGUAGUCUCAACACACCUUCUGUGUUAUACAGUGACGUCAUCAUCCGAGGAGGGUCCCCGAGGUGCAGUGCUGUACCAAGGGAUCGUUUACCUCCCUCUCAUUCUCCACGGGUUCGCACGAGUAUCGAGAUAACACAUCACAAUCACCACAAUCAAGCUGAGAACGCCAUGUACCCUGAUAAGAGAUAUGCGAGAACUGAAGCCGGAGCUUCGUAUGCAUCUAACGAAGUGCAGCAGUCAGUUAGCUAUCACCCUGAGCAAGCAGAUGGAUGUUUAGAUGAGGGGGGUCGACCUUAUGCGGAGAAGAGACACGAAGGCAAUCAGGACAGACACGCAGGGAACGUGGGCAUUUACAACGACAGCGUUGAUGCCUCGCGGGUGAGAGACUAUAGUAGUUCAUCCAUGCGCGUGACAAGUGAUGACGACGUCCAUAGCUUUCCAAUGCAAGAAGAUAGAGUGACAAGUUCGAGAGAUCUUCCCUUACCAAGUAAUAACAACAGUUCGAAGGUUGACACAGGUGGGGUCUCAAGGAAAGAAAACAAUGAGGUUGCAAGUCUACGAAGAGAAAGACAAGAACUGGAGCUUCAGAUAUCAGAGUUAAGGGUGCAGCUUACGAGACUUCAGGAAAAUGUGAUGGAGAUGGUGCACAAGAAGGUGGUCAUGGAAACCGUGACGCACAAGGCAGUUGAAGGUGGUUUAACGAGCAGUGAUGAUAGAUUUCGUGAGGAGUUCAGAAGCGAGGUCGCACAGGUUAACCUUGCAGAUAAGCGAGACGGCGUGAUUGAGGAGUAUGAGGCUCGGCUAAGAGAGCUCAGGGAGGCCAAUAUGAAUCUGAAGCAAAGAGUAGGACUACUAGAGUGGCAGCUGGAGAACGCAACACAAAGGCUGGAGAUACAAGAGAUGAGCUUCAGGCGGCAGCAGAAGGCAGGCACUGAGAAUAACAUAGAGGGUGGAGGCAUCUCAUCACAGGAUGAAAGUCAACUUCAUGCAUUCUACAGAGGCUUGCAUAAUCUUCUAGUAAAGGACAUAAGCGGAGAUGAGCUGAGAAAACAGAUCAAGAUACAGAUGAAUGACGUUGAUCAGAACAAGAUCAACAUCGACUACACGAACGUGAACACGAGCGAGCUCCGUCAUUUCCUGACCACAUACGAUAAGGCACAACACGGCACUGAUGUCAAAUCCUUCAACGGAAAGGAAGCAGGGGAAAGCGAUUGCCAGCUACGAAAACAGCUAGAAAUAGCAGAAGCGCAACUAAAAAAGUGCGAGAAGAUCAUCCAUCGACUCUACGCGGAGAACAGCGACUUGAAUAAAACAGUACUGAAGUUAGAAGGAAAGCUGAAAAGUUCCAGUAGAUCACAAGAGAAGCUACUGCGCAAGCGCGUGCUGCUACAGAAACUGGUAGAAAGGCUGAGUAAUCACGUGGGCAAGGAUCAGUUAGAACAAUCAUACCUCGUGCUAGAACUCGAUAAAGACAUAGCGAUAUGAAAAGUCUUUGAUGAGCAAGAAGAAGUACACUUUUGUUGGCUAUAUAAUUCUCUGUGCAUAUGUCCGGUUGUUAUUGGAUAGGAUGCGAUCCAUUAGUGUGAAACCCCCCUAAAGGAUAGAAGAAUCGGAAAGAAUUGUUGAAAACCCCUUUAAGGGAUAGCAGUUGGUAUAAUUUUAUACCCAAAAAGAUAGGACGAUCACCACCGUCUUUUUUUAUGGGGAGUCCCCCGCGGGUAUAUGAUUAUACAAUGUCGUCUUGUUCUGCGAGGCUAUAUUUAGGUUUUAUUUAAGGCUGGUUCUCACAAGGGCACAAGAGUGAGCACAAACGCAAAGCAGGCUAAAAAUGAUCAAGCAGUUGCGUUCACCUGAGCUUCCCUUCCCGUGAGAAUCGGAAAAAGACGUGCGUUGCGCUAUGCUCCUGCGUUCCAGUGAGAACCAACCUUUAACACUCAGUAUGUUUCUACGAUAUGAAAUCUUUUAGUUAGGCACCUAGAGGGUGUAAAUAUUUUCAAUGCGAAGAAAAGUUUUGUUUUAUAAAUUGUUUUAUAAAGUGAAUUUGAUGUAAAGCAAAAUAAUUACAAAAUAAAAAUGCCUCAGUGACAAUCACUAAGAUCACUGAGGUACAGGUCGAUACA